AACUAACCUUCGUUGCAAUUGUUUCGUUACCUGUGGAGCUAAGCUACUUGGCGGGUUCCAGGAAAACUAGUGAUUAUUGUGUUUCAUGUAAUUUGUUUUUAUCCUUCGAACGUUUUACGAAUUACGGCGAUAAGUUAUGUGAAUAAGUUCAUAUACCCUCUGAAACGGUGGGAAGUGUCCACGGCCGGUAGCUGUUGUCUUGGAAGUGUUAAAAUAACAAAAGUAUACGAGUAAACGCGUCAUGAAACCAGGGGGGCAACAGUAUGGGUCCUGUCCCCAACUUGAGAAGCGUCUUGCCGACGAAUCUGCUGAGGAGCGAGGUGUGCGACAUCUGACGACCAAAUACGACUCUUACCACGGCCUACUGCUGCAGCAGCAGAACCAGCGGCGCGUAAGUUCGCUCGAUGGCUCGGAGACGGCGACAGAUGUCAGUAGUAGCAGCAGUAGUUCUACAGCCGAAGAACGGCUCCAAGUUACCGACCAGGAGCGUCUGCAAGUCGAGACCUUUUUUAGAGGCCUGAAGACGGAGGUGUUUGUCUGUGGCUCUCUGGCAAAUCUGUACUGGGGCUCCACAUCCUGUGAGGGCCAGUGGGAACUGGGCCACAUGGGAAUCCCAGUGCUUGUGCUGGACAGUGGAGAGACCCGAUCACGGAACAAGCGACGCAUCCAGAUUCUUUUGGCAGAACGAGGAACCUGCUUCACACUCUGGCAGGACACAAUUGACAACCUCAGCUCAUAUCGUGUUUCUGGUCGAGCCUUCCACACGAUGCAUUUAUCAUCAGACCACAGUGUUCUUGUGGGGCUCAGCUUUGACUCACCAGUGGCUGCAGAUGAGAUGUGGCAUCGUGUGGAGAGGCUGACAGCAAGCCCAGAGAACAUAAGUCUGUCUGUCCCAGGCAGGCGGGGGAGGAAGCCACGUCGAACUCCAAAAUCCCAGCCCUUACCAUCAAAAAGUCAUAUAUCACAGCCUUGCUGCUUUCAGCAUGUGACAAGUGUUGAUGUUGCAGAUAGGAUGAGGUAUCUGUCAUUGAGGGCACUAGUUCCUGGCUUGCAGGAUAAGACAGUGACAGAUCUGUAACCUUGAUGCUUGGGAAAUUUGUGUUCUUAAGGAGCCAGGCAGAGAUUCUUGGGAACUCACACAAGUCUGUGAUUGAACCAAGAAUUAGGUUCUUUUGAACUUGCGGCACAUGAGUCUAGCAGUAAAUGCUUGGGAACUCAUCUCUGAGGCAGGCAAUAGGUGCUUUGGAAUUCGUGUGUCAGGUUGAGUCGCGUAUUAGAUGCUUCAGGACUUGUGUGUUUGACUUAAUCUCAUUCCAUGAAGCCCACCGAAUUCAACAGCAUUACCAUUUCCGUACAUUUAAUGUCGAUUAGUUUCAACAUUAUUUAAUUCGAAAUUUUACUGAUCUCCAGUCUUGUAAUAAGCAGACACAAAGAUGUUAACUAGCUGAUUAUAGGACAUAUUUUAAGCAGCUGAUUUUGUGAUUGCUUUGGAGACUUGUUAUUUUGUAAUAUGUACAAAAAAUUUGUUUUAUUAAAUUUUGAGUUAGUUUGGACAGAAGGAUUUCCAGAAUACACUUUGAUGCUUAUGGUCAAUGUUACAUGCAGAGCAGUGUUGUUUAUGAAUGUUCAUUGUGCAAACUUGCAGAAUGAGGCCACAUGUUCAUUGUAAGAAGGAGCGUGAAGUAUAUAUUCACAGAUUAUCUGUGCAUGUUAAAUAUUGUAAGCUACUUCACUCACAGAAGAAAUGUCAAGUUAUAACUGUGAAAGACUCAUGAAUUGGCAGGAGGGGGAAACGAUACUGGAAGUGGGAGAGAGUAUAAUCAUUAGUAUUCAGGUUGGUGCGUUUGUAUUUUUGAAUGAGGGAGAUACUGUCCCCUAGCCAAAGGAUUGAACCACACAUCUGGUUACAGUUACAGAACUUUUACCAUUUUUAAUUGUGUGAGAGGUAAUGAAUUUGCUGUACUGAUUUGGAAUAUACAAUAAGAGGACACCUUUUUGUGCCAUGCUCCCUCUUACAAAUAUGCAUCACACCUAAUCAAACAUAAUCUAAUGUGAAAUAUCUAGCGUGUAUGACUGACAAGACAUUACAAGAUGGACACUCAUCCUAUUUUGGAGUAUUUGUUGCCUGUUAUCUGAAAGUGUUGAACUGGUAACAUUCAUGCAAGGUUGACAUUCACACCCCUGAAUAUUACCCAGAUGGGUAUAUAUCAUGCCAUCUGGAAAUAUCCUUGUCAGUGAAGUACUUUGGGAUCUGAUGUAAAGUGGAGAUGAAGAAGGGGAAGCUUGUUGGCUAGAGUUGCACAGUUGUUUUCUAAUUCAUCCCACAACAUGACAUGCUUAGUUCCUUCUCUAAAAUGACAUGACAUUUAUACAGUUAUGUUAAGUAGUCUAUAUACUGGAGAACAUGCAGCAUAUGUGUGGGUAUCAAGACAUACCACAGUGAAUUUGAUUUGUUUCAUUCUGGUCUGUCACACUAUUAAGUUUACAAUUAAGUUUAUUUCAGUCCAAUGUGACA